CUUCAUCCACUGCGAAUUUUGUACAAUCAAUCAUACUGCCCCUCCCCCAGUCAACCGUUAAAAGAUGCCUUUUUUCCCAAUGGGUACUGGAGUUCAAGCAGAGAAUGACACAAACCCCACGUCCGGCGUAAUGCCACUGUCCCCCGCGACGCUGGUCAAGAAUCGUCGGAAACGCUACCUGGAUACCCAUCCGGAGUAUUUCUCUGCUGAUCUCGAGCUAGCCGACCCGUUGCUGUACGAUCGCUUGAUCCGCCGAUUCCAGACACCGGCGGAACGAGAGGCUGAAGGGCGAGCCAAAGGAUUCUCAGGCAUACUUCAAGCAGAUCUUUAUCGUUCCGAGGCCAAGAUGGAAGCCCUGUCGCAUCCGGAUCCCAAUGCAAUGUUUAGCUAUAGCCGUGGCCCAAACGGGGAAAUCCUCGCGGAGGACAAAGAUGAGAUUCCGACGAGCAAGGAAGAAGGCGAAAAGAUCUGGCAAUGGGAGAUGGGACUGCGAUUUAUAAGGGGCGAAGACCACGACUUUGACUAUGCUACUGUUGACGAGAACGAUGAUUAUGAUGACUGGAACGAAGAGCAAGAGCGAUACUUCGACGAUGAAGAACCCGAAUGGAUCGUUGAAGGUAUAAGUGGCGGUGACGUCAGAUCGAGACUACAAGGAGAGACUGGUGUUCAAGACUUUUGAGAAGUCCGACGUAGUCGAGACGCACUAUUCACUUGAUGCCUUUACGGUUGGCUCACUCUGAUGCAAGCGUUUGGCCGCAUCAGGCACACCCAUGACAGUGGGGGUCAAAAAGUAUGCGACCUCUUGGACUUAAAGGUAUCUACCGCCUGAGCCGCUUGGUACCUUAAAGCAUAGGAGGUCAUAUACUUUUGCACCACCACUGUACCAUCCCCGGUCAAAGUUUUCAGUCAAAGUUUUCA